AUGGUUACUCAUAGGGGAAUUAAGGUUAACCCUGACCAGAUCAAGGCUAUUAAUGAUUUAAAACCACUGCAAAAUGCCAAGGAGGUCCAAAAGCUUACUGGAAUGAUCGCAGCCCUGAAUCGAUUCAUUUCCAAGUUGGAGGAUAGAUGCAGACCGUUUUAUCUCUUAAUCAACAAGUGGAAAGGAUUUGAGUGGUCCGAGGACUCCUCUAAUGCUGUGAGUUUGGUGCUAAUACGGGAUGACAAUGGCCUUCAAAAGACAGUCUAUUAUGUGAGCAAGUCGCUGCAUGAAGCUGAGGUCAAAUACUUACCCCUGGAGAAAGCCAUACUGGCUGUGGUCCAUGCUACCCGAAAGCUUCCCCAUUAUUUCCAAGCCCACACAGUGGUUGUUUUAACCCAACUACCCUUGAAGUCUGUACUUCGGACUACUGAUUACAUUGGAAGGAUUUCCAUAUGGAGCAAAAUUCUAGGAGCUUUUGACAUCAAGUAUAUGCUUCGGACCUCCAUAAAGGGCCAGGUCCUAGCUAACUUGGUAGCCGAAUUUGCUGAACCACCAGUUGAAAUAGUAGUAGAGGAGCGCAACAUGGAUGGAAAAUCGGUUGGAGUAAUCUCUACGCCAGGACCUCCAUGUUGGAAGGUGUACGUUGAUGGUGCAGCAAAUCAAAGGGGGUCCGGAGUGGGGCUAGUCCUAAUAUCUCCUGAGAAGACUACCAUAGAGAAAUCCCUGAGACUUGGGUUCUCGGCCACGAAUAACGAAACCGAAUAUGAGGCCUUGUUACAAGGAAUGGCCAUGGUGCAGAAAAUGGGAGGAAAAGCAAUAGAUAUGUUCUCGGACUCGAGACUAGUAGUGGGCCAGGUAAAGGGAGAGUUGGAAGCCAGAGAUGCGAGGAUGCAAGAGUACCUAAGCCAAGUCAAAUGCUUGCAAUCAGACUUCGAUCUUUUCAGCCUGUCACAUGUCUCCAGAAGUGGAAACACUUAUGCAAAUUCAUUGGCCACGCUUGCUACCUCCUUGGCAGGGGGUUUGCCUCGAGUUAUUCUUGUCGAGCAUCUGGAUAGAGCAAAUGAAGUUGCAAAAGGCAUGGUCCAUAUCCAUGAGAUUAGAAUGGGUCCUAGCUGGAUGGACCCUAUAGUGAGGUUCCUCAAAGAUGAUAUCCUGCCCGAGGAGAAGUCAGAGGCUGAAAAAAUAAGAAGAAACACCUAUCGGUUCUGGUUGUUUGAGGACCACAAAUUGUAUAAGCGCUCCUAUUCUAGGCCAUAUUUACUGUGUGUUCACCCUGAAGCAUCAGAAUUACUGCUUGAAGAGCUGCACGAAGGGAUCUAUGGGAGUCACACAGGAGGAAGGUCUCUGUCACACCGAGCCAUUACCCAGGGAUAUUGGUGGCCGGGGAUGCAGAAGGAAGCCCUAGAAUAUGUUAAUAAAUGUGACCAGUGCCAAAGGUUUGCCCCUAAUAUUCAUCAGCUAGGAGGGGUCUGUAAGUGGCUGUUCGCCCAGUGGGGCCUGGAUAUUGUAGGCCCUUUUCCCAAGGCAGUAAGAAAUAAGAGAUAUCUGUUGGUCGGCACAGAUUACUUCACCAAAUGGGUCGAAGCCGAGCCAUUGGUCAACAUCAGAGAUGUGAAUGUUAAAAAAUUCAUCUGGAGAAACAUUGUUACACGAUUCGGAGUCCCUCGUACCCUCAUUUCAGAUAAUGGACUCCAAUUUGACAGCAAGGCCUUCAAAAGAUACUGUUGCGAACUGGGGAUCACUAACAGAGACAAGCUUCCCAACGCUGAGGACGAGCUCUUUCACUCCAAGCAGUAA